AUGACAUUUCCAAUUCGUGUGGAUGAUUUUAUUGUAAAGCAUACAGACAUCAUUGAUGGGAAAAUGCAUAUGAGUGGACUAGAUACGACACCGACGAUGUCUUCACAACAAUCGCCAACAGAUGUGAAUUCUCCACGAUCGUUCUGCAAGGAACCACUUCAUCGUGAUUCCUCAGUUACUUGCAAAAUUUGCACGUCCUCGUUUGCUGCAACGAUUCCUGAAGAUGAGCCACUGGACAAGCAUCUGUGUCAAUUGUGUCUGCGGAUGUCAAAAGAGGAAAUUGAGAACAUUCUGGCCUCCAGAACUUAUGAAAAUUGGUACGGGCUAGUGGCAAAAGAGGAAAAAAAGAAAAUAGCCGUAGAAAAAAAACGAAAAGUUGAAACACAAUCACUAUACUUGCAGCCGAAUUUUACCGAAAAUCAGCUUUUACUGCAUCAAUCACUUAAACGCUUUCCAGUAUUAAAAAAUGGAAAUAGUUGCACUGCACCUGUACCAGUCGAUGGAAAAGCCACAGUUUUAUCAAACACUUGUGCAUUUGAUUCCAUUGCUCAGAUCUUCACGGUUGCAUGUUUUGACGAUGCCGAUUUUAUGGAGUGCUGCAAAAAAUCAAAACUGAUUUUCUUCGAUCUUAUUGCAAGCAUGAGUACCCACCAACUGAAUUACGGCAUGUACAUUACGCGAGCAAAAUUAUUAAAAUCGUUGAUGCCAUUUCAAGAAGGAGAGGAAAUCGACGCAGUGAAAUGCCAAAUUAACGCUGGAGAAUUAUGCGCAAAACUGUUUUCAAAAAUUCCCAGCUUUACAACGAUCAAAACUUGUAGUACUGGCUGCGCUCCCAUAGAAAAGGAUUGGCCAACAGUUUUAGUGCCACUCAACGAAAUAAAACAAAUUCCUCAGUAUUUGGAGGAAUCUGUAUUUAUUAGACAUGCAAAGCCAUGUCGAAACUGCAAAAUAACAACAAAUAUUGAUUUUCGAAUUGCACAGAUAAAAUACUGCGGCCUCACUGUACCGCAACCGACUACGCUCCUGGCAUGUGACAACAACACUAACAGCAAUAAAGAUGAUGAUGGCAUAUUGGUGCCAGCAGCGAUUAAGCAGCACCACUUUUAA